AUGUUUACCAACAGCGGCAAAAUGCAGAUCCUGAGGGACUCAAAAGGUAAAUACUUUUUGGACCGCGAUGGCGUCCUCUUUCGUUACAUACUUGACUAUCUUCGCAACCAAAAGUUGAUUCUACCCGAGAAUUUCCACGAGAAGGAACGCCUGAAAACCGAGGCGGAAUAUUUUAAUCUGCCUAAUCUAGUCCGUACCCUGACCACAAUGAAUGUGACUCGGCCGAUCGGACCUACCUCGAAUACAUGCUGUAAUGGUUUCGUAACAGGCAAGCAACCAGGCUAUCUGACCGUUGGCUAUCGGGGAACGUUCGCAUUUGGCCGCGACGGACUGGCUGAUGUGAAAUUCCGUAAGCUAGCUCGAAUAAUUGUAUGUGGGAAGGUAUCUCUCUGUCGAGAGGUAUUCCAAGAUACUUUGAAUGAAAGUCGCGACCCAGACCGUGGAACUGAAGAUCGCUACACGUCUCGAUUUUUUCUCAAACACACAUUCUUGGAGCAGGCUUUUGACAUGCUAAUAGAACAGGGCUUCUUCAUGGCAGGAUCGUGCGGUUCUGGGACAGACAGUGCCGGUGAAAUCAAGCCAGGACUAGAUACGGAAGAGUCAAAAUGGCAGCAUUAUAACGAAUUCAUUUUUGAACGUCGGUGA